AUGACUCGUACCAACGUUUCUACGGAUCAAUUAACUCUUCUCUCUUUGAAAUCUCAAAUUAGUUCCGACCCUUUCCAUUACUUGGAUGAAAGUUGGUCUCUCAAUAUUUCUGUUUGUCAUUGGGUAGGAGUCACUUGUGGUUCUCGCCACCAGCGAGUGAAGGCCUUGAAUUUUUCCAACAUGGCUCUUACAGGGAGGAUUCCCCGUGAUUUUGGAAACCUCACAUUUCUUGUUUCUCUUGACUUGGGAAGCAACAACUUCCAGGGAAAUUUGCCUCAAGAAAUGGCACACUUGCGUCGGCUUAAGUUUCUUGAUUUAAGUUUGAACAAAUUCAGAGGGGAAAUUCCUUCUUGGUUUGGGCUUUUACACCAACUUCAAUAUGUAAGUCUUAGAAAUAAUAGUUUCACUGGUUCACUCCCAUCUUCAUAUUUUAAUAUUUCAAAGCUUGAAACUUUGGAUUUGGCAUAUAAUUCCUUAAAGGGUCAAAUUCAAAAGGAGAUUGGUAGUAUAGAAAACCUGAGAUAUUUAAACUUGGAUGGAAACAAACUCAUAAGGACUAUUCCUCCAGCAAUAUCAAAUGCCUCAAGGUUGAAGCUUUUAGAUUUAUCUCGCAAUUCAUUUCAAGGGAGCAUUCCAGAAGGGAUUGGCAAUCUUCACAACCUAAAUUUGUUGUCCAUAGAAGAUAAUCAACUUACGGGUUCUAUACCAUUCACAAUUUUCAAUAUUUCUCGAAUCAAAGUUGUUUCAUUUGCAAUCAAUAUCUUAUCAGGAAAUCUUCACAAUGAUGUAUGCAAUGGUCUCCCAAUACUCAAAAGGCUUUAUCUAUCACGAAACAAGCUUCAUGGUCAUAUGCCUACAAGCUUGUCAAAUUGUUCACAACUUCAAAUAUUGUCUCUAUCCGAAAAUGAUUUUGAUGGACGAAUACAUAGUGAAAUUGGAAGAUUGAGUAACUUGCAGACAUUGAAUCUCGGAUAUAACCAUUUCACAGGUAUAUAUGUUCUAUCUUAUGAAUACUAG